UCCGUUUGAAUUCUCAGCUGAGAAACAGUUGGAGGGAAAGUAAGCAGCUGCAAAGAAAAUAUGGGUUCGGUCGCAAAGAAGGGAUUGCAGAAAUACUUGUUACAGCUUCAACAUCACCCUCUGAGAACCAAGGCAAUUACGGCAGCGGUUUUGUCAGGGAUUAGUGACACUGUUUCUCAGAAGCUUUCUGGAAUACCCAAACUUCAGCUGAGACGGAUUCUUCUCAAAAUGCUCUUUGGAUUUGCUUGUCUAGGGCCAUUUGGACAUUACAUGUUCAUGUUUCUGGAUAAAAUUUUCAAGGGGAAGAGGGACUCCAAAACUGUUACCAAGAAGGUGGUGCUGGAACAAUUGACAAGUUCUUGCAACAACUUGCUCUUCAUGAUAUACUAUGUGGUGGUGGUUGAGGGUAAGCGGUGUUAG